AAGUUUCAAACCCCAACUCGCGACAUCGCUUCACGCUCCCUUCACCAUUGUUUACGAUUUAUCAAGAUUCUCUGUAUUCUAAAUUUCAGUGCACACCUCAUUUGACCCCUAAAAACUAUUAACUUAUUAUACGCGCCGCAUUCGCCGUCCUCUUUUACCAGAAGAACGUCGUCACUAGUCACCACUCCUCCUCGUUCCUCUGAAGGAGACGAAGUUGAAGAGAGAAAAACAUACCCAAUUCCUCUUCUACUUCAUCUCCUCGCCAAAACCCAGAUUCCACUUCCCCCCCCCCCCCACAAAUCAAUGGAGAAAAACCAGAGCGAUUCCCCUAACGCCGUUAAGAAGCCCAUCCCGCCGUACGUCAAGGCCCUAUCGGGCUCGCUGGGCGGGAUUGUGGAGGCCUCGUGUCUCCAGCCCAUUGACGUCAUCAAGACGCGGCUGCAGCUCGACCGGACCGGGGGGUACAGGGGAAUUAUCCACUGCGGCACCACGGUUGCGCGCACGGAAGGCGUCCGGGCUCUUUGGAAGGGAUUGACUCCUUUCGCGACUCAUCUUACUUUGAAGUACGCGCUGAGGAUGGGAUCCAAUGCGGUUCUGCAGGGGGCGUUUAAGGACGCCCAGACCGGGAAGGUCAGCAAUCACGGCCGGUUCAUUUCCGGGUUCGGUGCCGGAGUUCUCGAGGCUCUUGUUAUUGUCACUCCUUUCGAGGUAGUGAAAAUUAGACUGCAGCAACAGAGAGGAUUGAGUCAUGAACUUCUGAAGUAUAAGGGUCCUGUACACUGUGCUCGUAGGAUCAUCCGGGAGGAAGGUCUUCGUGGGCUCUGGUCGGGGGCUUCUCCAACUGUUAUGCGCAAUGGGACAAACCAGGCGGCUAUGUUUUCAGCCAAAAAUGCUUUUGAUGUUCUCCUGUGGAAGAAACAUGAAGGAGAUGGGAGAGUCCUGCUGCCAUGGCAGUCUAUGAUAUCAGGUUUCCUCGCAGGAACAGCAGGUCCCAUUUGCACCGGUCCCUUUGAUGUUGUCAAAACAAGGCUCAUGGCUCAGGGCAGAGGGGUUGGUGAGUUGAAAUACAAAGGCCUUUUCCAUGCCAUCAGGACAAUAUAUGCAGAGGAAGGGCUUCUUGCCUUGUGGAAAGGACUGCUGCCGCGGCUCAUGAGGAUACCACCCGGGCAAGCCAUCAUGUGGGGUGUGGCUGACCAAUUAAUAGGAUUGUAUGAGAAACAAUAUCUUCCCCUUGCCCCCUUGUAGGUAUCAUCUCAUUGGUUUGCUUGUUCUGGUUUUUAAUCCCAUCACUAGCAUUCAUUCUUCGGUA